AUGAACUUGCUCUAUAUAGUCACCUAUAAUGUCAGAACUCUGUCAUCCUAUGACCGUCUCAUAGAACUUAUAGAGUCAAUGAAAAACAAGAAAUUUGAUAUAAUGGGAUUAUCCGAAGUAAGGAAAGUCGGGAACGUAAUUCAAGAGUACGACGAUUUUAUUUUUCACUACGUAGGAGAAACAGCGGGACUGUAUGGGGUAGGUUUCAUAAUAAAAAAAUAUUUAAAGAAUUAUAUAGAAGCAAUAAUUGGUUUGUCCGAACGAGUCUCCCUAUUAUUAUUAAAUAUUAACAACUUUGAAUUGGCGAUUAUCCAAGUAUACUCUCCUACGGAUGCUGCUGACGACUGUUUAGUAGAACAAUUUUAUAUUACUAUCGAUAAAGCUCUAUUACUCGCAGGCAAAAAGAAAAUAAUAGUGAUGGGAGACUUUAAUGCUAAAAUUGGAAUGCCAUUGCCCGAUGAAAAAUUAAUAAUGAAGAAUUACGGCUACGGAAUAAGAAAUAUUCGAGGUGAGAGACUAAUUGAGUUUGCUUACGAAAACAAGCUAUCAGUCAUAAAUACAUUUUUCAAAAAGAAAACCAGAAAUAGAUGGACGUGGAGAUCACCAGAUGGAAAAACUAAAAACGAACUUGAUUAUAUUCUAUCUAACUUUCCUAGAAACUUUUAUAACAUCGAAGUCCUUAAUAUAACGUUUCCAUCUGAUCACAGACCACUAAGAGCUACAGUUUAA